AUGACACUUGAACUCAUUCCGAAUAGUGAUCUCGUUUUUAAAGGUCCCUUUACUGCUGUUUCAAUAACAGCACUUAAAUUAUCAAAUAGUGGCAGCGAACGACUAGCUUAUAAAAUUAAAACAACAGCACCAAAACGGUAUUGUGUUAAACCAAACAGUGGUUUUCUUGACGCACAUGCAACUACUAAUAUACAAGUCAUGUUACAGCCACAAGCAGCUGGUCAGCCCGAUGAUCGUACCAAGCAUAAAUUUAUGGUACAAUGGGUUGCUGUACCAAAUAGUUAUGCAGACGAUGUGGAUAAUUUUUGGAAACAAGAUUUAAAAAAUCUUAGUGUACAAGAUUCAAAAUUAAAAUGUUUAUUUUCUGAUGAACAACCAGCAGCUGUUGUACCUAGCGAUUCACAUGGACAUCGUGAAUUAGACGCACCAACUUCACGCAAUACUGAUUCAACAAAUGUAAUUGACAAUAACGCACAACAACAACAAGCAGCAUCUCCUAUGCCAACAAAUUUCAAUCCAAGAUCACCUAUAACUACUCCACGACCAGCAAAUUCUUUUCAAACUCAAGUUCAAGAUCGUCAACAGGAUGUAACUGAUGAUUCAAGUAAAUCACGUCUUAAACAAGAAAUCGAUCGUUUGAAAGAUGAGAAUGAAACUUUAAAAGAACAACUUAAACAACCAGAUAGUGGUGUUCGACAACGGGUAUUAGGUGCUGGAAAUCCAGUAGUCGAUCGGCUCAAGUCAAAUCAGCAACAACAGAAUGGCCUUGUUCUUUUUGGUAUCGCUUUAAAUGAACAACUUGUUCUUGUGGCUUUUGUUAUUGCAUUAUUAUUUGGCUUUUCACUCGGUUAUUUUCUCUUUUCAUGUAGCAAUUAA